UAUUCGCCGUAAGCAGACAUUGUCGUCGAUUGUGAGUAGACCUGCAUCGUUCAUAUUCAUAUACCAACAACAGUGCGACUACUUACAUCAGAUAAUGUUUGGGUAGAAUAUUGUUAACUUCACCGAAGACAAUACAGUCUCAGUUGUACCUGAUAUAUGGUUAAAAAAAAAUAUUUGUGCCUGGCCAAAAGAUCAGAAAAACUCUCAAAAAAUAAUCGAAAGUCGAGUAAAGCCUAACAAGAAUGAUUUUUAUUUUUACAACAUUCGAAAAAUGUCAGGAAAAACAUAUACUUCGUUAGAUAAGGCUAAAUCGAAAUUGCCCAAAGCAAUGAUAAAAUCAGAUUUGUCAUCUACCGAAGAUGAAAAUUUUAAUGGUGUACCAAAAUAUGAUUUGAAACGCAGUGCAUCUCCCAAAAACAAGUUAUCUAAAAAAGUGAAACUUCACUCAGAAUUUCAGCAUGAAAGUUCUUCAAGUUGCCCACCACAGUAUAACCCUGUAAAAGAUACUAUUGAUGAAAAUGUAUUUUAUUCACAAUCUAUCAUAAAUCAAAUUUCUACUGUUUCUGAUAAUGAUAGUUCUAUCCUUAGCGAUUUUGAUGAUUCCGAUAAAGAUCAAACAUGGAUUGCUAAACCAAAAAAAAAUUCAGAAAAGGAAUUUGAUAGCAUAUCUCCAUUAAAAGUAACGCCUACAAAAUCUAUUCCAAGCCCUGUCUUUGUUAUGACAUCACCCAGUGGACCAUGGAGAGUAAGCACAGAAGUUAUAAUAUAA